AUGCCGUCCUCAUCACCAUACCCGGCUCUCGCCACCACCUCAUCUGCCGACAAUGGAGCCUCAGAUAGCCUGGAUUUACCCAGAAUCCUUUGCCUCCACGGCGGCGGCACCAACGCACGGAUAUUCGCAGCUCAGUGCAGAGUGUUGCGAGCAGCUUUGUCCUCAACCUUCAGAUUCGUCUUCGCGGAAGCACCGUUCCCAUCUCGGCCGGGACCUGAUGUUGUCUCCGUCUACGGCACAUGGGGUCCCUUCAAGAGCUGGCUACGCCUCCAAGACGGCGACGCACCCGGCCUAGAUAGCGUAGACAUUGUCGAAGCCGUCGACACUAGCCUUGCCGAUGCAAUGAUCAGCGACGAUGCCCUUGGCGCCACGGGCGAGUGGGUCGGCCUGCUCGGCUUCAGCCAGGGAGCCAAGAUGGCCGCCAGCCUCCUCCUCCGGCAGCAAGCUCGAGCCACCUUCAGCCGGCACUCCAGAAUUUCCACGUUCCGUUUUGCCGUCCUGUUCGCCGGCAGAGCGCCCCUGGUUGCUUUGGACAAUAGCCUGCAGUUAGUGGGAGAGUACCUGGCAGAUGCGGUUCAAAUAAGCAGUUCAGCGUGGCGCCCCCCCGCCAAGGAUCUGGGACGUGCCACCAGCAAGGAUAGCCACGCCACUGUCAGCCCCAGUGGACGCUACUGGGAUCGGGAUGUCGUCGGUAAGCUCGCCGUGAUUGAGGACGACGACCAUCUGCUGCGGCUACCCACAAUACAUGUCCAUGGUCUGAGUGACCCGGGGCUGCUGCUGCACCAGGAUCUGCUGGGGCACUUUUGCACGGAAGAGAGCGCAACUGUCGUCGAGUGGGGAGGGGCUCAUAGGAUGCCGAUCAAAACUGCCGAUGUUCGAAAAGUUGUCACUGAGAUAUGCCGAGUAGCAGCAGAAAGUGGUGCCAUUGGAGAAUACGACGUUUUAUAA